AUGUCCAUUGUAAAUCAGUCGCAGUUUCGAUGUGCUACAACAACUUGUUCGCCAUAUGCUAUUGUUACCGUCUUGAAUAUUCGUCAAUGUCAAAUGAAUUGUUUAGAACAAGCUCAAUGCAGGGCUGCUAGUUUUCGUCAGAUGAAUUCGAGUUGUCAAUUAUUUGAUAAUUCAAUAAACCAAAACAAUAGUUUGAAAGUUACUGUAGAAAGUACUACGAUGAUAGUGAUAUAUGGGACACGAGCGCCGCCUGAACAACCAAUAACAACAUCGACGACCACAUCUUCAACUACUCCAACCACUACCACAACCGUCGAUUCACGUUAUAUACCAUCAGCAAGUACCUGCAGCGUAACUGCGGCAACACUAUGUACAACAACAACACCGAUGGUUGCUACUUGUCAAAGUUACGAAGUUUCAUGGAAUAACAACUGCUAUUACCUCGAUGGAUCAGCAGGCAAUUGUGCAGCUGGUUACACUUUAGCAACAAACGCUAUUUUACAUUGUCUUAGUUCCCUAUUCAUCGGGAAAAACUAUCGAAAUACAAUAUCAGACAACUGUUGUAUCACAACAGCAGAUACGUAUCAAUGUUACGGAUUCAAUAUCACGUGUAACGUAGCAGGACCUUUUGUUGACGCACCCAGUAUUGGUGGUGACAGUUGUUUCAAUGCACUACAAAGUAAUCCUCGACAAUUAACGUUAUGUCGUAGUAUUUGA